CGGCAUUGUUACCAAAACAAUUUUCAAAUCUGGCUUAGAAGAAGUAGUCGGAAAAGAGAUGGAAAUAGUGCAUUAAAAUGAUGGGAUCCUAUGAAUGAUACUUAAUAUUUUUAACUCAAGAUGUCAAAGAACACGAAGGAACUUCCUCGUUAUCUGACUCGUGACAGAAAACCAAAAGGAAUAAUAGACAGACCUGUCAGAUUCAAAUGCUCCCUUCAGAACACAAUACUUGAUUUAUUGAAGGAUAGAGGUUGGCAGGAGGUCACAGGAGAUAGCAAUGAAGUUUGGGACUUUUACUGGUGCGAUGUAGGCUGGAUGAAGGAAUACUUCGACCAUUUCUACAUGGAAGAACAUAUAAAAAUUAGUCACUUUAGGAACCACUAUGAGCUGACCAGGAAAAAUCUAAUGGUGAAAAAUCUUAAAAGAAUACGGAAACAAGUUGAAAGAGAACAAGGCAAACUUGAAGCACAGAGAUGGGACUUCUUUCCAACAACAUAUGAGCUACCAUCUGAGUAUCACAUAUUUGUUGAGGAGUUCAAAAAGAAUCCAAAUACCAUAUGGAUCAUGAAACCAGUGGCCAAAUCUCAGGGAAAAGGAAUCUUUCUAUUCAGAAGGCUCAAGGAUAUUACAGACUGGAAAAAGGGUGAGUACCAGACCCAGAUGGACCCCAAUCGAGAAGCACCAGAAACAUAUGUGGUACAACGCUAUAUAGAAGACCCAUAUCUUAUUGGAGGCCGCAAAUUUGAUCUACGUGUUUAUGUUUUAGUCACUUCAUAUGUGCCAUUAAAGGCUUGGUUGUAUCGCAGCGGGUUCGCAAGACUCUCCAAUAGUCGCUUCUCCAUGGACUCUAUUGAUGAUGCUUAUGUUCAUCUAACCAAUGUUGCCAUUCAGAAAACAGCACCAGAUUAUGACCCAGAGAAAGGCUGUAAAUGGUCCAUGCAACAACUCAGACAGUUCCUUAUAGCCAAGCAUGGCCUAGAAGCUGUUAAAGUGAUGAUGCGUAAAAUGGAUGAGAUUUUCAUCAACAGUCUACUGAGUGUACAGAAAGUGAUGAUCAAUGACAAGCAUUGCUUUGAACUGUAUGGCUAUGACAUAAUGCUUGAUGCUCAGUUAAAACCUUGGCUCAUAGAAGUGAAUGCUUCCCCUUCCCUGACAGCCAGCAGUAAAGAGGACUAUGAUCUCAAAUAUGGACUCCUUGAUGAUGUAGUGAAUGUAAUAGAUAUGGAAAACAGGUUAACAGGAAAGGAAAAGAGAAUUGGAGGAUUUGAUCUCAUUUGGGAUGAUGGACCAGUAUUAACAGAUGAUGGGGGAAUUGACUGUGUGAAAGAUACGUCAUAUACCACCAACUCAUUCCUAGGUUGCUAUAACGACAGAAAAAGACAAUUAAAACAAGUGUUCAGAGCAGCUCAUUUAGCAAAAGGAACGAAGAAAGAUUGACAACUACUCAAGGAUACAGCGCCAUCUAUACCAAAAAAUGUCAUCACCAGUUCACGGGACAAAAACAAUUUCAUUUAUAUGGUCACAAAAUCAUUGGAACUAGUCUGACCACUGUGAUGAAUGAAACAAUCUACAUGUCUGUUGACAGUCAAAAACCACAGUUAAGGCCAUUAUGCCAUAGAUACGAAAAUUGAUAGAUGCUUAAAACUCAUGUUCUGAAAUAGUAUAGAAAUGCAACAGUUGUAUAGUAAUUCAAUGAUUGUAUAGAAAUGCAAUGAUUGUAUAGAAA